AUGGAAUGUGAAUUACGUGAGAGACCAGUUGUGAUUAAAAGUGAAUUAUGUGAGACACCAAUUCCUAUAAAAACAGAGUCUGAAGACAUUGAUUUUCCUAAUGAUAUGCUAACAGACAAAGGAGGAAAUUCUACACACAGUGAUAUCAUUGGUAUAUCACUGUCUGAAACAAGUCCCAUAACUGAUCAGAGUAGUACCCAUACAGGAGACAAGCCACAUCAUUGUGAUAUCUGUGGCAAAGCAAUCUCUAACAAAAAUGCACUGACUAUACACAAACGGAUACAUACUGGUGAAAAAUCUCAUCAUUGUGACAUCUGUGGUAAAUCAUUUUCUCGAAGUAGUAACUUAACUAUUCAUGUACGUAUUCAUACAGUACACAAACGUUUUCAUACUGGGGAGAAGCCAUUUCAGUGUGAUACCUGUGGUAAAUCAUUCUCUAUUAGUAGUCACUUAACUGCUCACAAAUAUAUUCAUACAGGAGUAAAGCCAUAUCCCUGUAACAUCUGUGGUAAAUCAUUUGCUGUUAGAAAUUCAAAAGGUGAACUUUUAAACCAGCUGGAAGAAGCUCCAAAUUCUAAAGCAGAUAUCCAGGACGAACCUGGAUAA